CGCUGGGUGGCUUGAGCGACUCCUCCGUGAAUCCUUGCCUCUACGAGAGGCCCGCGCUGGUCGCGCUGGCGUCAUACCCGGGCUCAUUUCAUCCGAACUUCCUUAUCUUGCCGAUUCUCGAAAGACAACCAACCACAAUGAUACGCGCUAUCUUUGCCUCGGAACUGGUGACGCCCUUGAUCAGCCGCUACCAAGUGCACCACUUCCACCGCAGGGAGUCCGCCCCGACAACGACAACUCAUUCUGCACUGGCGCUCUCGAAGUGGAAUCCUUUUGCAAUCGUUGCUGGAAGGAACGCUGCCGUAGCCGUUCGUUCUCCACGCGCUCCCCUUGAGAUCUCCGAAGAGAUCAUCGAUUGCGUAGCUGCGCAAAUCGACGAGACCGUUUGGCUCCCUGAGCUCGACCCAUGGCGACGCACGCUCUUGUCGUGUGCACUCGUAUGCAGGGCAUGGUAUCACCAUUCCCAGUUCUAUCUUCGACAAUUCGUCGAACUACGCGAUCGAAACCAGGUUUUGGCUCUAUCUAAGCUAGUCCGCGACAACCCCCGUCUCGGCCGAGCCGUCAGGUUUGUCGCUGUCUCCGGAGGGUCGACGAAAAACAUCCCACACCCUAUCCCCCAUUUUGGAACGUUUGUCCCUAUGCUGGCCGGGAAGCUACCCAACACACAUACGCUGCGGCUCGAAAAUGCAGAGUGGCGCAUCGGGUCUAUCUCACCGGACACCAUUCGUUACCUGGCGAUGUUUCCUUCCGUCACUACAUUGGAGCUCCGGGGCGUGACCUUCGCCACCGUCUCGCAACUGGCGCAGUUGGUAUCCGCACUGCCUGCACUCCGCUCAUUGAAGACCGAUAGGACUCUAUGCAAGCAAGUACAUCUAGACAUGCCGACCCGUCUUCCGUUAAAUGCCCGCGAGCUCAAAGACAUCGACAUGUGGUGGAACACUGCACCAGCAAUUCUAGAGUUUUGCACCUGCCUAAGCGAGGCGGCACUGUUGUGUACCCUUGCAAUAUGUGUGGACGAAUAUGACGCACUGCAAAAUCGUGGAGGAAGGCAGACCCUGAUAAAUACAAGUGCCCGAUCGCUCAAGAAGUUACGUUUCGGAUUCCAUACCUACGGGUUAGGUCCUGAAGACGUCGACUGCGUAGCGCAACAUGUCAAUCUAUCCCGCCUUGUCACGCUGGAACAUCUGAUACUCGACUCACGGAGCUUUCUGGGUGCGGAUCAUUCAUGGAUUCCCAAGGUGCUUGCUACCGUGGAAUCAGAAUGGAUCCAAAGAGUGGAUGUCUGCUUCAUAGUAGGGGCACGACUACGUCUGCUCAACACGAUGUUGAUCAGCAUGGAGAGACUUGGUUUUCUCGCUCGAAUGGACGAGAUGCUGGCAAGGCGCCCGUUCGCUAAACUGCGACCAUUCAGUGUUUAUCUGACGAUCGACAUGUCCAUCUGCGCACCGGAUGACAACAAGCUUCACAUCAACCUGGAGGGAGAGAAAUGGCCGGCAUGGGACGAGCUUGUGCGCAGGAAUAUGGUCAAGUCGAACAAACGAGGAAUUCUCUGCACACGCAUCACUCGUACCGCUCCGUGAACAUACCAAGCCAGAUGUUCUGGUAUGACCAUGCUAUCGAUGUGUAUAAUAUAAUUACGCGCUCACGACGCCCCGUGCUCACCACGGUAGUAACAGCC